AUGUAUCGGAAUCGGGUACGAUCAACGGAUAUACGCGACCUGAGAACAAGCGCACAACUCCCCAGCUAUGACGCGAGCCCAACCACUCCUAGCGCAGACAGAGAAGACCAGACCUCCAGAAAAGGGCUUUUACUGCCUCAACCAAAGGGGAAUUACAGUGGGAGCAACGUCGAUCCAUUACGGGUAGAACGAAACACCUCAUCACCAAAUGAUAUGUAUCGGAAUCGGGUACGAUCAACGGAUAUACGCGACCUGAGAACAAGCGCACAACUCCCCAGCUAUGACGCGAGCCCAACCACUCCUAGCGCAGACAGAGAAGACCAGACCUCCAGAAAAGGGCUUUUACUGCCUCAACCAAAGGGGAAUUACAGUGGGAGCAACGUCCUGGCCAAUAGGAAAAGAGCGCGGUGUUUACGGAUUGAGGUGCAACAUGGCGGAAAAGGCGCGAAAUUUAAAAAUUCAAAAAUUUUUGAAAACAAACUGGCAAUAACUCGGAAAAUAAGCAGUUUUGGGAUACCGACAUCCCCAGCAGGAGGAGUUCGUAAAAUUGAGGACGUUUGUACAUACCUGCAUGACGUAGUGCAGGAACUGGAAGAUCUCCUACGUCUGGGAGUUGUCGUUAAUGACCUGCAUCAUCAGGUCGUGUUGGAUGCAAUUAGUUGUGACAAACGGGCGCGCUCCUUCGUCACACGAAUGAGAGCAAACAAUUCCUACUAUGGGACACCCCUCCCACCGAAGAUAACGUUUCCAUAUGGGCAGGAUGUUCUGCAGACUGACAACAGUAUAUGUCGGGAUACUCGGAUCAGCCAGUCUCUAUUCUUUACGUUACCCACUGAUUUCGUUCGCUGCUUUCCCAUAGAUUAUAUGCUCGCCGUAUAUCUCGGUGUUGUCCGUAGAUUAGUUUCCAUUUUCGUCAAAGGUGAUCGACCCGUACGCAUCGGGCCUGCUGGCUUGAACAGGGUAGAUCGCAUGAUUCGAAAUUUAUGUGCCCGUGUGCCCGUGGAAUUCCUGCCCAAGUGCCGGGAAAUUACACUGUACAAACAGUGGAAAGCGACUGAGUUUCGUCAGCUGCUGUUUUACAUUGAUCCCAUUGUGUUUAAGGUCAAUAUUCCCCACGAAAGUUAUCACAAUUCUAUAGAUCUAUUUAUAUCCGUGUAUGUUCUUUUUCAUCGUCGCUUUUCUGUUUCCCGCCUUGAUUAUGCACGACAAUUAUUGCUA